AUGAGCCGAGAUCUUUUUCUCCGCAUUGUGCACACGUUGGAGGCCCGUGAUGAGUACUUCCAAGAUCGGGAAGAUGGGAUCGGCAGACCCGGACUUACGCCGUUGCAGAAGUGCACGGUUGCGAUCCGCCAGUUGGCCUACGGCACAACAGCGGAUAUGUUCGACGAGUACCUUCACAUCGGGGAUACAACUGGCCGCGAAUGUCUCAAGACUUUUUUAAAGUUAGUUGUGGAGGCUUUUGGCGACACAUAUUUGCGACGCCCGACUGCUGACGAUUGCCAGAGCCUGAUGCGGAUGCACGAGACGGUGCACGGCUUCCCUGGGAUGCUAGGGAGCAUCGACUGUAUGCACUGGCAGUGGAAGAGCUGCCCGACGGCCUGGCGAGGCCAAUUUACUAGCGGCUACAAGGGCAGCCACCCGACGAUGAUCCUAGAAAGGAGAAUCUUGUUUGCGGCAAAGCAGGAGUCCGUGCGGAAGGAUGUGGAGCGGGCUUUUGGGGUGCUCCAAUCGCGGUGGGCAAUCGUGAAAGGUCCGGCGCGUUUCUGGUACAAGGACGUCAUCGCCGACGUCAUGUAUGCGUGUAUCAUCAUGCAUAGCAUGAUAGUCGAACAAGAACGUGACCAUGUCACCAAUUGGGUGGAUGAUGAAGCCGGAUCUAGCUCCAGCACGGCGACCUCGCCGGUCACUCGAGGAUUACCGACUGGGCUUCGGUGCGGUUCUACAGCGACAUGCCUCAAUGCGCAACCAACAAGACCAUACUCAGCUCAUGACCGACAUGAUUGA